CCUCGCUGAAAUGUCUCGCUGUGGCCAUUUUACACUUGCUGCACUGAAAAUAAAGCACACCCCGCACUUGGGCGUCAGCGUGACAUUUACAGAACAAUUGUAGGUUACAUGAGGUACCCAACAACGAUUGACUAGGAGCAGAGUCAGUGGCUAGGCAUGGACUAUGAGCGGAGCAGGGGUGGGCGAGGUGAUCGUAUAGGUCGCUAUGGCACCACUCACAAUGAUCACAACUUCCGGGACAUGGACUACCGUGGCUAUGGUCAAGAGGAUGAGGAGGCAGGAACAGGAUUUGAUGUCAGAGUGGAGGGGGAUAGACAGUAUGGUCAUGAUGAGCAGUCACUGGGUGUCCAUGACUUCUCACCAGGUUGUUUGCAAGAGCAUCCAGGGUUUCAUCAGAGAGUAGAUGGUAGAGGGGACGUAGGGCGUGACGGGAAAGGGCUCCUGUGGUCCCCUCAGAGCUCUCAUUCACAGCCUGAUUUAGCCCAUCCUAUACUCCAGAGAGAGGAGGAGGGAUCCAGGCAGGAAUUUGAGCAGUUGCGGCCUGGCCUGCAGGAAAGGGGCCGGGGGAAAGGUGGAACAGGUUUUCCAGAGAACAGUGCCCCACAUUCAGGGAGCAGGGAGGGCAGCUGGGCUCGGGGUGGUUCCCAUUCUGAGCAGAUGGAAUUCAGUACGGGCAGACAGAGAGAGGACGACAGGUUUUCUCGUGCUGGUGCAGGAAAGAGGAGGACAUUUCCAGUGAGAGUGGAGGAGCAUACUUCUGGAAAUGCUGGCCCAGACUUGUCACACAAAGAGUUGGAUCAGAGAGACCAGGACUACCGUGCAGAGCUAGACCAUAAUCAAAGGCCCAGCAACAUCAUAAUGCUUCGUAUGUUGCCACACAGUGCGACUGCCAAUGAGAUCCGGGCACAGCUUCAGGAGCAGGGGAUCCAGCCAAGAGAGGUUCGCCUGAUGAGGAACAAAUCUUCAGGUCAGAGCCGAGGAUUCGCCUUCGUCGAGUUUAAUCUCAUACAGGAGGCCACCCGCUGGAUGGAGACCAACCAGGGAGUGCUGUCGAUUCUAGGGCAGAGAGUGUCGAUGCACUACAGCGACCCCAAACCGCGUGCCAAUGAGGACUGGCUCUGCAACAAGUGUGGUGUACAAAACUUCAAAAGGAGAGAGAAGUGCUUCAAAUGCAAUGUGCCUAAAUCAGAGGCUGAACUGAAGUUGCCCCAGUUACAGAAGGACUUGCCCGUUGGAUUUCAAAAGGAGGGAACCCAAGGUUUGUUGCCCUUGCCAGCACCCUACCACUCUUCUGGUCCUGCUGUCACCCCGGGGCAAGCUCCACAACAGGCAGAUGCCGCUAAUGACACUCUGAUACUUAGGAACCUUGGCCCACAUACAUCAGUAGAAGCCAUUUUGUCUGCUUUGGCUCCAUUUGCCACUCUCUCCCCUUCCAACGUUCGCCUAAUCAAGGACAAACACACACACCUCAACAGGGGCUUUGCCUUUCUGCAGCUCUCUACCAUAGUGGAGGCAUCUCAGCUGCUGCAGAUUUUGCAGGCUCUCCAACCACCUCUCUCGAUUGAUGGGAAGGUUAUUGUAGUGGAGUUUGCUAAAGGCUCCAAACGGGAUGUAUUCGUAACAGAUGGUAGCAGAGUGAGUGCUGCUACAGUGGCCAGCACAGCUAUAGCUGCUGCACAGUGGGCUGUCACUCAGACCACUCCAAAUGGACCAGGUGGAGGCCAGAGUGUAGAUACAGGUGUGUAUCAACAGGGGGCAGCAAUAACGUACAGUCAGGAAGGGCAUGAGUACGCUGGGCAAGAUGGCACAACUUUCAAGUCUCAAGCAGAUAACAGGGUUGCUGCCUUGACUGGUGGAGUAGCUUCCCUGAAUGGGGCAUACACAGGAGGAGCAGCCCCAGCUGUCAUUUCGUCUGAGGCGGUCAAACCUGGAUCAGUGGUCGUGCAGCAGCCUCUCGUUCAUACACAGACUGCUUUGAUCACCACAACUGCCACCACACCAGGGACGCAGGUUGAGAUAGUGGGAAAACCACAACCAGCUGCUCCCAGCCAACCUGCAACCCCAGGCACUGAUCAUGAGCUCCAGCAGUACCCUGUGCCAGAUGUCUCCACAUACCACUAUGACGAAAGCUCUGGAUACUACUAUGACCCGUUCACAGGACUCUACUAUGACCCUAAUUCACAGUACUACUACAACUCUCACACUCAACAGUACAUGUACUGGGAUGGAGAGAAACAUACCUAUAUUGCUGCUGCCAGCCAGUCUAACACAGAAGGCGCUCCUCCAAGUGAUGGUGCAGCCCCAUCGGACUCACCGUUUGCUGCCUCUGGCAGCAAGGAGAAAAAAGACAAACCCAAGAAUAAAACAGCUCAACAGAUUGCCAAAGAUAUGGAGCGUUGGGCUAAAAGUCUUAAUAGACAAAAGGAGAACAUGCGUUCCGUCUCUUCGUCCCCUGCCACUGGCUCAGCAGCACCUCCUGGUUAUACUCGAGCACCUGGUCACAGUCGCCUAGAUGACCACAGAGAGUCUGCAAGUGCUGAUGCGGGCUAUGCUGUUCUAGAGAAAAAGGGGGCGCUGUCUGAACGGCCUCAGAUCUUUCUGGACCAGAUCCGACAAAGUACAGAAUCGCCUCCUCGGCAGCAGGGUCUGGUCCCAGCCUACAGUGGAGAAACUGACAGUGAAGAAGAAGGAGGCGAGAAAGAUGAAAAAGAAGGAAGAUUGACAGACUGGGUUAAACUGGCCUGUCUGCUGUGUAGGAGGCAGUUCCCAAGCAAGGAGGCCCUGAUCAGGCACCAGCAGCUCUCUGAACUACAUAAGCAAAACUUGGAGCAGAGACGAGCCCAGCAAGAAGCUGCAAGCAAAGAGAGGCUAGCAGAUGGACUUGAAGCUCCUCAGCUUAAGAAGAGGAAGUUUAACCCUAUUGAUGGGAUCACAGACACUAGUCUUGGUGCAAGAAUGCUACAGGGAGGUGUGAAAAGAGGGCUAAUGUUGCGCAAUAUGCAAGUGGAGUGACCAUUAAACUUCCUGACCAAGAAAGAACAAAGACAGCCCAACACGCAACACUUCACCAUUAACAUCAUAUAGAUAAAUAUAUAUUAAAAAAAAAAAAAAUCUUUAUUUUGGUUUGAAAUCACAGUUACCUCAAAAAUGUCAAUGCUCAGUGGUAAUACUCUUAUUAACUGAUCCUGUAGCAGUAGAUGUCAGGAUAUUGCACAGAUUGCACCUUUUUGCUUGCUUCCUGAAUGAUGCAGUUUUGAGUUCUCACUUGCUUUAGAGCCUGUGUGUGAUAAACAAGUUUUCUGUGGAUGGAAAAACAUUUGCUGUCUUUAUGUCAGCAAAUCGAGAUUUCUAAUAUUACUGUCUAUGCACCAUAGAUUUUUUUUUUUUUUUAUGCUAUAUGCCUUGUCAUUCAGUGAAUGACUGAUCUGGGCACGAAUUGUGUACAUUUUAGAAAGAGCACUUUUAUACAACAGUGGAAGCUAAGAGACUGUGGCCUCAUAAACUGGACAGGAUCGUGCUAACACUAGUGUAUAGGGUUAAAGUGUCUCAGUUUAUCAUACAGCAGGUAUAGAUUCACAUUGUAAAAGCUAACUUUUCAGAGAAGAUUUUUUUAUUUCUGUAUUUGUUCAGUAAUGUGACUGUGUUUCAUCAAGCUCAUGUAAAUAAACUCAAUACAUU